GAAUACCGAUAGUCUCAGGUAUCGAUGAUUACAAAAAACAGCAAAAUAGUAAAAUAUUGCUACGAAACAACAAAAUAUUAAAGCGCUGUUAACAAUCACAGUUAUUCGGUAAAAACACAAACGUUAUAUAUAGGAACCCGAACUUCGAUCCAGAUAACACUCAUCCGAAGGGAAUCUAUUGGAAUCCAUCUUAAUUUCACCACAACAACACAAUGUUGCUGCGUCUAGCACUUUCUGCAGCCCGUCCAGCCGGGAGUCUCAAAAUCCUGUCCCAGUCUCCGGGACAGUUUCUCCGGGGCAAUCCCAAUAUCACCGCAGUGCGCAGCUAUGCCCGUGGACCUGUUCGCACCCGUGCUCCCGUGGAGCAAGCGAGGGCUCCUUCUCUCAAAGAGAAACUGAUGGGUCCACCAAGUGCCAAUGCCUACUCUAUGGGCAAGGGCGCUGCCGCCGGAGCAGCUGCCGUAGGAUUGGGCGCCCUUUGCUACUAUGGCGUGGGAUUGGGCAAGCACACCAGCAUCGCCGACAACGCCAUCAUGUGGCCCCAGUAUGUAAAGGACCGAAUCCAUAGCACCUAUGCCUUUUUCGGUGGCUCUUGUGUCCUGACCGCAGCCGCCGCAGCAGCCACCUUCCGUUCGCACCGCCUUCUGGAGCUGGCCUCUCGUGGUGGCAUCUUGGCGACCAUCGCUUCGCUGGCCCUGGUCAUCGGUAGCGGGGCGGUGGCCCGCUCGAUUGAAUACCAGCCGGGUCUGGGAGCCAAGCAUCUGGCUUGGGCCGUGCACUGUGCUAUUCUUGGUGCCGUAAUCGCACCCAUCUGCUUCAUGGGCGGACCGAUUCUAACGCGAGCUGCCCUUUACACGGGCGGCAUUGUUGGUGGCUUGUCCACCAUCGCCGUGUGUGCACCCAGCGAUAAGUUCCUCUACAUGGGUGGCCCUCUAGCCAUCGGUCUGGGAGUGGUAUUUGCCUCCUCGCUGGCCUCCAUGUGGCUACCGCCUACUACGGCGUUGGGCGCUGGUUUGGCUUCCAUGUCAUUGUACGGCGGCCUUGUCCUGUUCAGCGGCUUCCUGCUCUACGACACCCAGCGAAUGGUGCGUCGCGCUGAGAUCCAUCCCCAGUACAGCUACACUCCCUUCGAUCCCAUCAACGCCUCAAUGUCGAUCUACAUGGAUGUGCUGAACAUAUUCAUCCGCAUCGUGACCAUUCUGAGCGGUGGUCAGCGCAGGAAGUGAGCCCCGAACAAGGACAUGUGAUGCAAGGAUUAUACUCCUGAUAUAUAUUUAUACUGUUGUUAAAAUAAACCGAUCGACUUAAUAAGCAAAAUGUAAAA